CGCCAUAUUAGUUCCACUAUUAAAACCAUUGAAUAGAACUUGUCAAUGCACAGUUAAGGGUUAAGUCAUGGCCGCUAUUCACCGAGAGGCGAUACAAAAGCAAAUUCAGCAGGACUGGGCAAAUCGAGAAUACAUCGAAGUCAUUACGGGCAGUAUCAAGAAGAUCACGGAUUUCCUGAACUCGUUUGAUAUGUCCUGCAGAUCAAGAUUGGCUGUACUCAAUGAGAAGCUGACAACCCUAGAGCGGAAGAUCGAAUACCUUGAAGCUUGCGUAACCAAAGGAGAGACGUUAACCUAAAGACAUCGAAAUUGAUCAUCGGAAGACGUUUUUGGCGAUGUUGUUCUAAGGCACUCUCCUCCUUCGGCUCAUGAACGCGAAUAUCCUAAUAAAGUGUCUCGAAUCCACGAGUACUCGUCUUGUCAAUUGCUUCGGUAAUCGUUGGCUGCUGGACGAAAUAAAAAUACCACCUGGAACAUAACGUA